AUGAGAACUGAACGAAAUUCACAUGGUUCAAAAAUCUUCACACCUGAUCGAUAUUUAACGGAAAAUCAGGUUAAAAAUCAAUUCAAGCAAUUACACUCAAAAAACAAAAAAAGUAAAAGUACAAUGCACAUCGACAUGAAACACUCAUCACCUGAUCGAGCUAAACGAACUUUUGCUCGUGCAACAACAAGGUCAAGAAAAGCUAUUUCAAACGCCGAUAUCGCCGAUGAAGAUGAUGGCCAUGGAAAUAUACCAAUUAAAAGAAAGGCAAAACUUCCGGCUUCUCAUUCGAUUCUCGAUAAUUUCGAUGAAGAUGACGAUAUGUUAUUAUCCGACAUCAAAAACACUUUUCAGAAAAUGACACCAUUGGUUCCACAAACAUUAAUAACACAUACAAACGUAACGACGGAAAAUAAUGAUAAACUCGACAACAUGAGCUUAUUCGAACGACGAAAACAUUUCUCAGCAAAAACUCAACUAUAUGCGGCUGAUAGUGAUAUAGACGUCGAAGACAUUCGUGCUGUUGAACCACAAGAUUACAUUUAA